AUGUUUGAAGAAGUGGAGCAAUGGUUCGAGUUGAACAAGGUCCAAGCUCCUGGUGCUCACACGAAUACGAGAUUGGAGAGUGAAGACAAAUGGAAUCCGCCUGAGAAUGGAGUCAUAAAGUGUAAUAUUCAUGCAAACUGGAGGAAUGCUCUUCUUCAUAGUUGUGUUGCUUGGAUUGCAAGAGAUCAGAUGGGUAAUGUCUCAUACCAUGCUCGUGAUGCGAUAACUCACGCUCCUAAUCGCUUUGUGGCGGAGCUCCGAAGCGUGAUAUGGGCUCUCUCUAGCUUGCGGGACCUAGGAAUAUCGAAAGUGACUGUUGCUGUGGAUUAUCACGAGGUAGUAGAAGCUCUGAAGAAGCCUCAACCAUGGCCUAGAUACAUGAAUUUGUUGGAAAAAAAUCAGAAAACUCAAGGAAGAUUUUGA